AUGCAAAAUGCUGAACAAAUAAGCAGUAAAGAAAAAGAAAGUGUGAAAAAGUUGCUGGAAUGGCGAGAUCGAAAUUGGUAUGGAAUGUCACAGAUCCUUCCAUAUUUAUAUGUGGGUGGUUUACGUGAUGCGAAUGACGUAGAACAACUACGAGAGAAAAAAAUCGAUUAUAUGAUAUCAAUACAUGAAUUAAGCGGACAUAUUGGUGGCACUUUAAAGGAUUUAAAUAUUUUACGCAUACAUAUGGCGGAUGUGCCGGAAGCAAAUAUUAGCGAACACUUUGCGGAAACUACUGCAUUUAUUCAUCAUGCUCGCUUAUCGAAAAAAUCAGUACUUGUUCACUGCAUUGCUGGAGUAAGCCGUAGUGUGUGUAUUGUUGCAGCUUAUCUUAUUGCUGCUUGCGAUAUGAGUUAUGCUGCUGCUUUGGCAUAUAUCGUCAGUAAACGACCCUGUGCUAAUCCAAAUUUCGGAUUCCGUAUGCAACUUGCAAAAUACGCAAGAAAAAUGAGUCCGUCAGAAGAAAUAACGAUGAGGAGCCAGUUUGGUAGUGAAGCAUUUGAUGAAUUGAAGGCAAGUGAUAAAAAAAUACUGUUAUUGGAUUAUCCUGAAACUCCAGAUGAAUUCGUUGUAUGCAAGAAAUCUCCUUCCUCUACUACCUCUAUAAAAGAGAAAUCAAUGCACUAUCGUAUGGAAAUGUUAUUUGCUGAUGCUGCUAAAAAAUCCGUUGUGCUGAGUCAGUGGAAAUUACUUAUAGCUCAUUUGGAUGAUCUUUAUUGCCAGUCCAGUAUUUUUAAUUGA